UGCGAAGACGCAUGCGCGAACUGGCCUGCCCCGGAAGCAGUUCUUUGGCCCUGUGACACGUAGCAACUGGGGCAGUUCAGGGUCUAGAAUUGAGUUUGGGGGUGGUUUGGGAGUUCUGGACCUACUUACACCGCCGCUACCAGCAGCUCCGUGUUUGAUAAUUUGCAAUGUCAGGAUUUGAUAAUUUAAAUACGGAUUUCUACCAGACAAGUUACAGCAUUGAUGACCAAUCACAGCAAUCCUAUGAUUAUGGAGGAAGCGGAGGACCCUAUAACAAACAGUAUGCCGGCUAUGACUACUCGCAGCAAGGUCGAUUUGUCCCUCCAGACAUGAUGCAGCCACAACAACCAUACACUGGGCAGAUUUUCCAGCCAUCUCAGACAUACACUUCAGCUGCAUCUCAGCCAUGCUAUGGAAACAGCUUUGAGGAUGAGCCACCUCUAUUAGAAGAAUUAGGUAUCAAUUUUGACCACAUCUGGCAGAAAACACUAACAGUGUUGCAUCCAUUAAAAGUAGCAGAUGGCAGCAUUAUGAAUGAGACUGAUUUGGCGGGACCAAUGGUUUUUUGCCUUGCAUUUGGAGCCACAUUGUUACUGGCUGGCAAGAUCCAGUUUGGCUAUGUAUAUGGCAUCAGUGCAAUUGGAUGCCUAGGAAUGUUUUGUUUAUUAAACUUAAUGAGUAUGACGGGUGUUUCAUUUGGUUGUGUGGCCAGUGUCCUUGGAUAUUGUCUUCUUCCCAUGAUUCUGCUUUCCAGCUUUGCAGUGAUAUUUUCUUUACAAGGAAUGGUAGGAGUCAUUCUCACUGCUGGAAUUAUUGGAUGGUGUAGUUUUUCUGCUUCCAAAAUUUUUAUUUCUGCACUAGCCAUGGAAGGACAGCAACUUCUAGUAGCGUAUCCUUGUGCUCUGUUAUAUGGAGUCUUUGCCCUAAUUUCCGUCUUUUGAACUGAAUUUAUCUGGGAUAUGGACAUCGUUGGGCCAAAUACACAAAAAGGACUUUGAACAUUUGAAUCGGACCAGCAAACUGCUGUUGCAAAAUUCUCGUGCAGUUCUAAUGUUUGACUGUUGGAGCAGUGGAAAUAAACAUGCAUCUUUUGUUCAUUUUUAUAGAACUUUUGAAUACUACUUACUGGAUUUAUCUGCAGUGAGACUAGCUUUAAGUGUUUGUGUGUAUACAAAUAAGUGCUAUCUCCUUCCUGUUCCUGCAAUCUUUGAAAAACAACUUUUUCCUUACAAAUUAUAUGUUUUUUGAUAGAUUUUUAUCAACUGUGGGAAUCAAACCUCAGAGCUGAUAAUCUUUCUUAAAUAAAAACAACCCAGUCAUAGUAAAGAAGACACAAAACUUACUGCAGAAAUAUUUUUCCAAAGAAUUAGGAAAGAAAAAUUGCUGUAUUCUCAAGUCAGAUACACUUGAAACAAAACGAAAAAAAAGAUGAGUUCAGAUUUUAAAAAAUAGGACAUUUCUUUAAAUUGUUUCACAGCACUUUUGCUAAAAUUUGGCAAUAAAGUUGUGGACCCUCAUUAGAUAAUAGCAGUAACUGUACUGUAAUGACCCAGAUUGGCCAUAUUUAACGCUCAGAGUUGACUCACCAUAUUUCCCAGGAAAAUAAAUCACUAACCUUUUUUGAAAAAAAUAUUUAAAAUGUCACACUUUCAGUAUUGCAGUUAUCAAGUAAUGUACAUUUGAUGCUUAUUAAAAAUUUCCCA